AGAAUGAGAUUGAAGUUCGUUAGCGUUAGCACCAAACCACAUCCUUACUCGUGCUGUUGAAAAAACUUAAUCAUAACAUCUGGCACGCUUAUCGUGGAACAGACAUCAGACGCGAACGUGAGUUCUCCAACGCCAAACAUACCGCGCUGUGCGGCCGCGGCGCUCGCGAUUACGCUGGAAAAGAUAAAACCUGCGCGGAAAAACAUCAAAUCAAAAACUGGCUCCUUCAUUCAAUUGAAACACCUACAAUAUUUUUGUAACAGGUUCAGUCAAGUGUAAAAUGUGAUUAAAACUGUGAUCUUUAUAAGUUAGUGCAUCAAAACAUGAUUGAACUGUUAAAAGUGAAUGACAACAAAGUAAACGGAACAAUGAGAGAUAUUGGAUCUGAUUCGUUCGUGUGCCGAGUCCAGUACUUGGACGACCUGGACCCUUUCAUGGAGUACAAUGUUCGGGAGCCUCCUCGACCUCUGUACCAUACGUUCAACACUACCAUACCCUUGUCGUACCAAAUAGCUGCCGUUCAUCGCUUGCUGCAGGCCCCACAUCGGUUGGAUGACGCAACGCUCCAAGUGUUUAAAGACGGCGACUAUGGACCUUAUUUGGACCUGGACUCAACGCUGGGCGAGCAAGAAGAGGAACUGGAAGGUCUGCAGGACAGUCGCAAAAAUGCCCUGGUCCUUCGCACUCAAUUAUCUGUUCGCGUCCACGCAAUCAUUGAGAGGUUGCUCCACUCUCAAGGACGAGAGCUUCGCAGAGCCCUGUUCACUCUCAAGCAAAUCCUUCAGUCCGACAAAGAUCUUGUGCACGAAUUCGUCGCGAACAAGGGCCUGGACUGUCUCAUGCAAGUCGGCAACAUGGCUGACCACAACUACCUGGACUAUAUCCUACGAGCACUCGGACAGAUCUUGCUCUAUGUCGACGGUAUGCACGGGGUGAUGGGCCACCAGCGCUGUGUGCAGUGGCUCUAUGCUCUCAUUUCUAGCAAAUUCCGUCACGUUGUCAAAACAGCUCUCAAACUUCUUCUAGUCUUUGUCGAAUACACCGAACCAAACUGUAUGCUCCUCAUAGAAGCCAUCGUGACCGUGGAUAACUCGAAUGCCCGGCAACCAUGGUACAACAUUAUGAAGAUCCUUCAGGACUUCGAUGCAUCCGACACAGAACUUCUCAUUUACGCUACUACUUUGAUCAAUAGAUGCCUAAACAAUGUUCCUGAUAGGGACACCUACUACGAUCAAGUGGAUGCCUUGCAGGAUCAAGGCAUAGAUGAUAUUAUACAGCUGUAUAUGUCAAAACAAGGAACUGAUUUAGAUCUAUUGAGGCAAUUGCAGAUUUUUGAAGCUGUUUUGCUAUAUGAGGAUGGUGACGAAACGGGAACAGCACUUAAGCAAUUGGAUGACUCGGUAAUCAACUCAAUACGUCGUAGAAACAUAAACUUAAAUAGUGAGAGAAGAACGUCUAAAAAACAACAAUGCAAAGAAAAAGCCAAACCAGUCAUCACUCAUACUGAGCCAGACAACAAAUUAACGAAUAAUAUUCGUUCAUUCUUACCACCGCUCACUGACCAUAAUAAAGAGAACAAAGAACUUAGUUCAGCUUUAAGGAGAAGACGAGACCGUUUCGCGAGGCAAGCACAUCAUAUCAUUCAGCAACAAGAGAUGUUGAAUCACUCUAGUGAUAUCUACAAUGGCUUAUUCCACAACAAUGGGAGCUUCACGAGCGGCAAUGGCAGUUUCACAAGUUCAAAUGGAAAUUUUUCCACGUCCAAUGGCAGUUUGACGAGUGCCAACGGUAGCUUCACAAGUCCAAACGGCAGUUUCUCAAGUCUUAAUGGAAGUUUCACCAGCACUAAUGGAAGUUUUUCAAGUUCGAAUGUGAGUUUCCCGAGUAUUAUCGGGAAUUAUACCAACACCAAUGGCAGUUGUACAAAUGGGACUAAUGGGACUUACACGAAUGGAACUUACACCAAUAAUAAGAACUACUCAAAUACUACCAGUAACUUGAAUGGUAACAAUUUGUCGAAUGGAGUCAACGGGCACCACGAAGACGAAGAUAAAUACACAAAUAGGACAACGAAGAACUUUAAUCUAGCUGAUGUUUUAAAGAAUGAAAACCAAAGAUACACAUCUGGUCUCAAACAGAGAAUCCAGAAUGGGACUUUAGGACAUAGUAUGAAUGCUGUUGACGCGAUUACCGUGAUGCGACAAAAACAGACAGAUACGACUCCAGAAGUGAAAGACGACCGAGGAAUCUUGCUGAAUAGAGAACACAGUAUCAAAGAUUUAGCACAACGGUUGACCAGCCCUGUCAGUCCAACUACUGAGGAAAAGCCAUUACGAGUUUCUGAUAUGGCAGGAAUUGUAUCGAAAGCCAAAGAAGAAUUAGCUAAAUCUCAAUCAAAAGAAAUAAUAAAGAGCCCUACAAUAGAAAAAUCACCUAAAGUUCACGAAAUCAAAGUAUCCGAGAAUGAUUUGCAUUGGGAAGAACUGAGAAAAGGUUGUCUACAUAGAGAAUUCCACUUAUGCGAUUUAGACUUUUCUGAUCUCCGCGAAGAUUCUGACGAUGAGAUGUCAUCGCCUGCUGUGAACGCUGCUAGCGGCCCGCCACCACCGCCACCCACAAUGUUUCCACCAAUGGGAGUUCCUCCGCCUUUGCCAGGUUGUUUCCCUCCACUGUCUAAAAAUAACGUUCCUACUCCACCAAAACCAGCUCUUUCAUCAGAAAUGUCAAACGACUCUGAUAGCUCCACAAUAAAAAAGAAUAAGAAAACAGUUAAGUUGUUCUGGAGAGAAAUACAAGAGAAUCCAACGCCAGUCGCGAUAAGGCCGAAGGUCGGGGGAUUUAUUUGGGACGACCUUCCUGAGGUCAGCGUUGACACUGCUAUGUUGGAGCAUCUAUUUGAAUCUAGAACUAAUGAUUUGAUUAUCAAAAAAUUAAUGGAACCAAAGAGAAACCUUAUUUUAGACGCUAAAAGAUCAAAUGCUAUCAAUAUCGCAAUGAAAAAAUUACCAAAACCCCAAACUAUUAAGGCAGCUAUAAUGAAAAUGGAUGCAACCGUUGUUGGUAGAGAAGGUAUAGAAAAACUGCUGACUAUGUUACCCACUGAAGAAGAAAAGAUUAAAAUACAGGAGGCCCAGUACGCCAAUCCGGAUUUACCACUGGGCAGUGCUGAACAGUUCCUACUAACUCUGGCUUCUAUAAACGAACUCUCAUCUCGACUAAAACUUUGGGUGUUUAAAUUGGAUUUUGACAAUUUAGAGAAAGAAAUCGCCGAACCACUGAUGGACCUAAAGCAAGGUAUAGAAUUAUUGAAGAUGAAUAGAACCUUCAAAGUAAUUCUGUCUACGUUGAGAACCGUCGGAAACUACCUGAAUGGAAACUAUGCCAAAGGUUUCCGUUUGGAGUACUUAUCUAAAGUUGUGGAAGUUAAAGACACCGUUCAUAAACAUCCCCUUCUGUACCACAUCUGCGAAAUGAUCAUUGGAAAAUUCCCCGAAAGCUCUGACUUUUUUAGUGAAGUCGGUCCUGUCAUCAGAGCCUCUAAAGUAGAUUUCGAUGUGCUCUCAGCGAAUCUCCAGAAGUUGGAAUCUGACUGCAAAGCAUCUUGGGACCAUAUGAAACGCGUUGCAAAACAUGAUGGGUCUCAGAUUUUUAAGACAAAAAUAAAUGAAUUCCUCACAGAUGCAGCGGAAAGAAUCAUUCUACUGUCAGUUAUCAAGAAAAGGGUAAUGAGCAGAUUUAACAAAUUCUUACUCUUCCUCGGAGUCCCUCCAUGUGACAUACCCAAGACCAAGCCUGCAGAAUUUUUAAAGGUCAUAGCGGAAUUUUCUCUAGAGUACAGGACUACUAGGGAAAGGGUACUGCAACAGUUGGAGAAAAAGGCUAAUCACAGAGAGAGAAACAAGACUAGAGGCAAAAUGAUUAUUGAUGUUGGCAACUAUUCUCACAAAAAUGGCGACCACACUGCAGAUAGUGCUUUAAAAGAACUUUUGAAAACUGAUCCGGAUACCGACAGUCUCACAGACGGUAGAAGAAAGAGUCAGCCCAACAGCAGAAGAAUUCUAGUCAAUGGAGACUUAUCAGCAGACGAAGAGAUAUUAGAGAGCCUUGUGAGAUCAGCAACAUCCAAACGCAAACCAGUCACACGAGAGCGGAGAAGGAAUCGAAUUUCAGACAAGAAGAACUUGAACAGGACUCUAGAUGGAAAUCAAUCAUGACGAGUGAUUCUUCCCACGAGUGUAAUUCAAGCCUGCGUAGGCGCGGAGGGGUAGCUGCCAUCGUGAGCAUUGAAUCCAUCUGCAACGAUAAACCCGCCCAAAUCCCGCAGCGCCGAAGUCAUAACAGAUACGACGCUUACUGAUCAAAGAAUAAUCAGCUUACAUAGUUGGAAUUGCAAUUCAAAUCAGUACUCAAGAUUGAUUGAAGUGUCAGCUUAGUGCCUCUUAAUUGAGCAGUCGCAGGUCGAUUGCCAAGGAAGAGCUGAAUACAGUUGGCAAAAGGCUCCCUUGUACAACAUGGCACUCGUAGCAUAACUAACGACACACGGGUGACUUUAGUUACACUUGUGCAAAAGCGUGAGUUAUGUGAGCGAGCCUACCCAUAUACAAUGACAAAGUUAUUGAAUCUCAUAAAAUAGCCAACCCCCCAGUGUGUACGACAAGAUGGACUCAGUGCUGAGAAUUGUAACCAAAUUCUUUAUCGUGCGAAAAUAUUAAUGUAUGAAAGUUUAAUUAAAUUUUUAUCAACAGCACUGAUUUAUACUUUACAAUGAAAUCACAGAAAACUCAUUUUUUUAAACCAUCGCUCUCUUUUAUAAAGAAAGUAAAUUGAAUAUUUUCUUAAUGUAUUUAACUGUAGUGUCAGUUAUUUUGUGGUUUUUUAUUAUUCCUAUACUAGAUUUAGUAUGGGCAAGUUUAA